AUGAAUGUAGGUGUGGGAAAGGAUGAGAGCACAGUGUUGUGUGGUGAUGGGGUGAAUGGUGGUGGUGAUGGGGUGAAUGGUGGUGGUGAGGGUGAAAGUGAAGUGGUAGAGGGGGAUGGUGUGCAGGGAGAGCAGCAGGUGGAGUUGAGGGGCGAUGAUGAGCAUUUAGGGUGUGGGUAUCAGGGAGAGAAAGGAGAGGUGCAGGUGGAAAGAGAGAACAAUGCAGCGUUGAUUUCUGGAGCUGAAGUGGCAGGAGAGACGGGUGAAGCAGAGGAGGCGAUGGAACUGGAGGCUUCAGCCCCGUUAAAGAGGCGAAGUAAAAGGAAGAGUGCGGUGACCUCUCUGCAGGCCAGUAAACAGGCCAGCAAGCUGGCUGCAGAGUCAAAAGAGCUGUCGGACAGUAGCGACGCUGAGAGCUGGGUUUCCGAUAUCAGCAAGGUUUCUGUAUCUCAAAAACAUGGCAUGAUGGAUUCUGCACUCGGCACAGAUGAAAGGUGGACUUGCGUGGUGCACCCAAUGCAUGGACUGGGUUCUCGUACACAGAGACUGGAGUCUCACAAAGAAGUGAUGUCCCACUGGAUCUCUUCAGUCUCUCCAGCUGCUCUGACUGUGAGUCCCAGCAGAUCUCAGUUCUUUAGAGGAGAAUCAGUGACUCUGAAAUGUGAGGAUGGAAACAUCUCUGAUGGAUGGACUGUGAUGAGAAACAGAACCGGAGGAACCAGGACUCAGUGUGAUAAAGGUGGAUGGGGGAAACCAGUUGGUUCUACCUGUAGCAUCACCUUGCACCCAUCAGACUCUGGUGUGUACUGGUGUGAGUCCACAUCUGGAUCCUCCCCCAGCAGCAGCAGCAGCAUCCAGCUCUCUGUCUCUGGUGGAUCAGUGAUCCUGCAGAGUCCUGUCCUCCCUGUGAUGGAGGGAGAUGACGUCACUCUGAGCUGCAGAGCAAAGAGUCCAGCCCACAACCUCCCAGCUGCUUUCUAUAAAGAUAAAGUCGUCAUUGGUCAUGGAGCAUCGGGAAACUUUACUCUUAAAACAGUGAAGAGAUCUGAUGAAGGCUUUUAUAAAUGCAGCAUCAGCGAUCAGGGAGAGUCUCCAUCCAGCUGGAUCUGGGUCAAAGCUCUGAGGCGGCGCUGCUUCACUACUGUUCUCUACGCCACCAGGACAGAAGAAGAAGAAAAACUUUGAUGCUGAAACUGCAGAAAACGUUGAUGAUGUGAAACUGGAUCAGUUAUAUAACUYUGAUAGCUUUCUGUUAUAAACUGUAGACAUGAUAAAGAUGUUCAGAAGAAUCUGAUUAUUGAUUCUGACRAUAAAUUAAAGCAGAAUUAAAAAUAA